GCUGUUCAUCUGAGAUUAGCUCGCAACUAUCAUGACCAUGGGGAGGAUCAUCUUCUACGAGGACAGGAACUUCCAGGGCCGCUCAUAUGAGACCAGCAGCGACUGCCCGGAGCUCACCUCCUACCUGAGCAGGUGCAACUCCUGCAGGGUGGAGAGCGGCCUCUUCAUGGUUUAUGAGAAGCCCAACUUCAUGGGCCACCAGAUGCUGGUGAGGCGGGGCGAGUAUCCCGACAACCAGCGCCUGAUGGGGAUGAGCAUGAGCGACUGCAUCCGCUCCUCCCGCAUGAUCCCCCUGCACCGCGGACCCUUCAGGAUGAGGAUCUACGAGCGCGAGAACUUCGGCGGCCAGAUGCACGAGCUGAUGGACGACUGCGACAACAUGCUGGACCGCUUCCGCAUGUCGGAGUGCCAGUCCUGCAACGUGAUGGACGGCCACUGGCUGAUGUUCGAGCAGCCCAGCUACCGGGGCCGCAUGCUGUACCUGAGGCCCGGGGAGUACAGGAACCUGCGGGACGUGGGCAUGAGCAGCCUGACCAGGUUCAGCUCCAUCCGCCGCAUCAUGGACUCCUGCUAG